AUUUCUCUCUAGCACCCCGCUUUUAUGCCCUUCUUCACUUCCACUCUCCUCCGCCCUCAAACCCUAUUCCAAUCUCAACCCCAAUCCAAAACCCUAAUCUCUCUCCUCCUCCCCCUCCUCUACCGCUGCCCCAUCUCCUCCUCUACUUCUCCCAUGGCCUCUUCCUCCUCCUCGGAGGCCACUCUUCGGGAAGUUCUUGCUGAGAAGCAGGCCGCCGUUGAAGCGCAGGCGGAGGCCGUGCGGACCCUCAAAGCUCGCCCCGGCACGCCACAAUCUGAGAUCGAUUCGGCCGUGGAGUCAUUGAAGGGUUUGAAGCUCGAGGUUGCUGCUGUGGCUAAGCGGCUCCAAGCGGAGGGCAGUGCCAACGGGGAGGGCGGCACCGGUGGGCUUAGCAAGGAUGCGUUCCGGCAGACAGUGGUGAAUACCCUGGAGAGGAGGUUGUUUUUUAUCCCGUCUUUUAAGAUCUAUCGCGGUGUUGCUGGGUUAUACGAUUAUGGGCCUCCUGGCUGCGCUGUGAAGUCGAAUGUUCUUGCUUUCUGGCGCCAGCAUUUUGUUUUGGAGGAGAACAUGCUUGAAGUGGACUGUCCCUGUGUCACACCUGAAGUUGUCUUGAAGGCUUCAGGUCAUGUUGACAAGUUUACUGACCUUAUGGUCAAGGAUGAGAAGACAGGAACUUGUUACCGGGCAGACCAUCUUCUCAAGGACUAUUGCAAAGAGAAGCUUGAGAAGGACCUCACUUUGGCACCUGCAAAGGUUGCUGAGCUAAACCAUGUUAUUGCUGUAUUGGAUGAUCUCUCCGCUGAGGAAUUGGGGGCGAAACUCAAAGAGUAUGGAAUUACGGCGCCAGACACAAAGAAUCCUCUGUCUGAUCCAUAUCCCUUUAAUCUCAUGUUCCAAACUUCUAUAGGCCCAACAGGUCUGAGCACAGGGUAUAUGAGACCAGAAACGGCACAGGGCAUCUUUGUGAACUUCAAGGACUUGUACUAUUACAAUGGCAAUAAGCUUCCAUUUGCAGCUGCCCAGAUAGGCCAGGCAUUUAGAAAUGAGAUAUCACCUCGCCAAGGUCUCCUCAGAGUACGUGAGUUUACAUUAGCGGAAAUUGAACAUUUUGUGGAUCCAGAUGACAAAUCUCAUCCUAAGUUUCAUGAUGUUGCUAAGUUGGAAUUUUUGAUGUUCCCAAGAGAGGAUCAAUUGACUGGGAAAUCGGCCAGGAAGAUUGUUCUCGGAGAAGCAGUUUCAAAGGGAACCAUCAACAAUGAGACUCUUGGUUAUUUCAUUGGGAGAGUGUUCCUAUUCCUUACACACCUUGGAAUUAACAAAGAACGGUUGCGCUUCCGCCAACAUCUGCCAAAUGAGAUGGCCCACUAUGCCGCUGAUUGCUGGGAUGCGGAGAUAGAAUCUUCCUUCGGCUGGAUUGAGUGUGUUGGAAUUGCAGAUAGAUCUGCUUAUGACUUGCGUGCCCAUACUGAUAAAAGUGGUGUGCCUUUGGUUGCUCAUGAAAAAUUCUCAGAACCUAGAGAGGUGGAGAAACUGGUUAUAACCCCAUCCAAGAAGGAUCUUGGUCUUGCGUUUAAAGGGAGUCAAAAGAUGGUAGUUGAAGCAUUAGAGGCAAUGCCUGAAAAGGAAGCCUUGGAAUUGAAGGCAACCUUAGAAUCCAAGGGAGAGGCUGAAUUCCUUGUCUGCACUCUUGGGAAAACUGUCACCAUCACCAAAAACAUGGUAUCAAUAAGCAUGGAGAAAAAGAAAGAACACCAGAGAGUUUUCACCCCCUCUGUCAUUGAACCUUCUUUUGGCAUUGGAAGGAUCAUCUACUGCCUAUACGAGCAUUCCUUCUACACAAGACCUAGUAAAUCAGAGGGCGAGCAAUUAAAUGUGUUCAGGUUCCCCCCUAUUGUUGCUCCCAUCAAGUGCACUGUGUUUCCAUUAGUUAAAAAUGAUCAGUUCGAUGAGGUAGCUAGAAACAUUGCAAGGGCAUUGACAAAAGCUGGGAUCUCUAAUAUUAUAGAUAUUACAGGCACUUCUAUUGGAAAACGCUAUGCAAGAACCGAUGAGAUUGGCGUUCCGUUUGCUGUAACUGUGGAUUCAGUGGCUACUGUGACCAUUAGGGAGAGGGAUAGCAAGGAGCAAAUCCGUGUCGCUGUUGACGAGGUGGCUUCUGUGGUGAAAGAGGUCACCGAAGGUCAGAGUACUUGGGCUGAUGUUAUGUGGAGGUAUCCAACUCACGCAGCUUCUUCAGAUGAAUGAUGGAAUUUAGCCUCAUCACAAUUUUUAUAUUGAGUUAUAUAUUAUCUUCUUCCCAAAGAAUACAAAUAUAUUAACGUCACAAGUGUUACCCAUUUUCAAGUCCUGGCAUUUUCACUUCUUAAGUUGUUGGAUCUUUUGUCUAAUAAUAUGCAAGCUUUGUGUUUAGUCUUAAA